CACAGAGGAUAUAUAUGAUCGCUUUGGUUUGGCUCCAUUCCAUGUGCUCUCGCUUUCAAAUAUCUGCGCGUUGUCAUCGCUGAUCAUCACAAAUUAAACAGUGAAGCUAUAAAAAUGGCGAAGGGAUGCCUGUUCGGGGCCAGGCCAGGUUUCCAGCAGUUUCUCGCAUUAGCAGCAGCAACGCUGUUAUUGUUACUUCUGUCGAUGCCGGUCACAGGAGCUGCAGAGCAGCAAAGGUCGUCGAUGAUCAUGGGCAACACCUCUUUGUGCAGUGCCAUUGAUGUCGAUGGAGAAGAUGGUGGCUGCGCCCUCGCGAUCGCUCAGGCACAGCCCGAGUUGGAGGGGCUCGAGAUGGCUGCAGACCUGGGCAUGGGAGUCCUCCGCCGGUCAUUGAUAACCAAAAAUGAACUGAUCUUUUCCACCCAGUUUCGUAAUAAAAAUGCGUGCCGCGACAAGAACGGACGCUACUUUCAAUGUACUACCGAUCCCAAUCUAAGUGCUGUCAAGUGUGGUACGUUCAAUCGCGAGUGCCAUCCACGUUAAUGAUCCGUUUUCUAAUCUCGUAUAUGUGUGUGUGUGUGUCCUACUCCCCCUUAAUUAUGGCCUGUAUAUGAUAAGUACAACUUUCACGUCUUUAGAUUUUAGCUUUGCUCUGUGUUGCUGAUGGUUAAUUAUCAUGUACGGGAUCACAACUCGAGUGUGUGUUGUGAUACUCCUAUAUUAAUUUGCAAGUCGUUUGAUUACUCCAGCUUGUUAAUUUAUUCUUCGAAUAAUUGCACCCGAAAAAGACAUCAUCAGAAGAAGAGGGCAGUAGCAUUGCAAUCUCGGCAAUUCGACCAUUGGGUCCAUAUCAAGCUGCAGCCAGAUAGAUGGAUCAUAUAUGACUGCAAGCUCAAAGUUUAACCGCAGCCUGAUGCCGAGAUCAUCUCCCAGCAGUCGCUGACAGAUAGCUCCUCCAAAACCACGGGCAUAUGCCAUGUUCAAUCGCAAAAACCUCUGCCAUUAGUAGUUCUACCAUUGUGUUGUGUCCCAUUGAUAAACUUUGCGUCCUGGCCUAGUAUUGCCAAUCGUAAUGAUUUAGUGGAUUGAACUCAAGAGACAUAAAUGUACCCGCAGUUGGGGUUCCACGCCUUCCUAAUAGUCUUGUGCCGACCUAUGAUUGUAUUUAAUUUCCUUGCAUAUCUGUUCCAAGAACCAUAAUUAGAAGUUGUUACUAGCUAGCUUACCAUGCUAAGUGGUACCACUUGCAUAAAUAAUAUUUUUUGUUUCUUAUAA